UGUGCGUGCGUACGGGGGGGGGGCGCGCCUCCGAAAAGGGUCGUUGGCGGCGCCGGCAGCAGCAGCGCCGGCAGCCGGCCCAGUGAGCGGGGAUGGCGCGCGGGCGCCCGUGGGCGGGUGUAGCAGAAGCUGCAAUGGCAACAUUUGGUCAACUGAAGCAAAGAUGGUACUUGUACAUUGCCUCUCGACUUGCUUUGUGAGAGACUUCCUGUAGCCUUUGGAAGAACGCAGCAGGAGAGGACUGCUUGUCAUCAUGAAGUUGAAACAACGUGUGGUGCUUCUGGCAAUCCUCCUUGUCAUCUUUAUUUUUGCCAAGGUUUUCCUCAUAGACAACCUGGACACUUCAGCAGCUAACCGAGAGGACCAGCGUGCCUUUCACCGUAUGAUGGCAAGCCUGCGGGUGGAGCUGGACCCACGACUUGACCACACUCUGCAGUCUCCCUGGGAGAUUGCAGCCCAGUGGGUGGUGCCACGGGAAGUGUACCCAGAGGAGACGCCAGAACUGGGGGCAGUGAUGCAUGCUAUGGCUACAAAAAAGAUAAUCAAAGCAGACGUAGGCUAUAAGGGAACCCAGCUGAAGGCAUUGCUCAUACUGGAAGGUGGGCAGAAAGUGGUCUUCAAACCCAAGAGAUAUGCCAGAGACUAUGUGGUAGAAGGAGAGCCGUAUGCUGGGUAUGACAGACACAACGCAGAGGUGGCAGCCUUUCACCUGGACAGAAUCUUAGGUUUCCGACGAGCCCCUCUAGUGGUUGGUAGGUUUGUGAAUCUCCGCACAGAGAUCAAACCCGUUGCCACAGAACAACUGCUAAGUACGUUCUUGACAUUAGGAAAUAAUACUUGCUUCUAUGGAAAGUGCUACUAUUGCCGGGAAACAGAGCCAGCCUGUGCCGAAGGGGACACCAUGGAGGGGUCAGUCACGCUAUGGCUGCCAGAUGUUUGGCCGCUUCAGAAGCAUCGACACCCAUGGGGCAGAACGUACAGGGAAGGCAAGCUGGCCAGGUGGGAAUAUGAUGAGAGCUACUGUGAUGCUGUAAAGAAGACCUCACCCUACGACUCAGGCCCACGGCUCCUCGAUAUCAUAGAUACAGCCAUCUUCGAUUAUUUGAUUGGGAAUGCUGAUCGACACCAUUAUGAAAGCUUUCAGGAUGAUGAAGGGGCCAGUAUGCUAAUUCUACUUGACAAUGCCAAAAGCUUUGGGAACCCUGUCUUGGAUGAGAGAAGCAUUUUAGCACCUCUUUAUCAAUGCUGCAUUAUUCGAGUCUCCACAUGGAACAGACUGAACUACCUGAAGAAUGGGGUCCUGAAGUCUGCCUUAAAAACUGCCAUGUCUCAUGAUCCUAUUUCACCAGUUCUAUCUUCCCCUCAUAUGGAUGCCCUGGACCAGCGACUCCUGAAUAUCUUGGCUACAGUAAAGCAAUGUACAGACCAGUUUGGACCAGACAUUGUACUGGUAGAAGAUAGGAUGACACUCUCCCAUUUGUAGCUUCAACAGGUGUUGGAGCAGAUUUUCUCUCCCUAUUUUUAAGAAAACAAUACGAAAACAGCACAAUUGGUUUUGCAUGGCUGUGGGCAGGAUGGACUGGAACUGAAAUGCCAGACUUCCUGAAUUGAAGGAGAAAGCAGCGGCAUGAUGGUUUUGCUGAAGACAAGGAACUUGCCUUCAGGUAGCCCCACAUCAUGUUUUGGAUGUCCAUUGCUGGCAGUGGAUGUUACACUGAGAGCACUCCUAGAUUUCUUAAAUAAGAAAUUGGAAGUAGGCAUUAAGACAGACUGAUUCCAGAGAAGAGCCACAGUCCCCUCAUCUAAUCCAAAUAUGGUUUCAAGAUUAUAGCCCAAUUCAUAGUUGUAAAGAAUGGGCUGCCUGUGCUUCCUUGCUGGCUACCUAAAAAGAGAGCAUGAAGACAAGAUCAGUUGUUGAAGGGAUCCCUUAUUGCUUCUCCUGGCCCUCAUGCAUCUCACGCAUUUUUGGCUGGAAUUUUCUCAAGAGCUCCAUGAAGGAUUGCGUUAUUGUUAGCAGCAUUCAGCAAAAUCCUUUAAUUCCGAAAUGCUAAGAAGAGAGACUAUUUUAGAUUGCUAAUUUAAAUCUAUACUCCAUCCGCAAGGCUGAAAGGAUUCAGGACUGCAUGAUGCUGCAAAGACUCAACCAGCCAUGAAGAUCAACGAUUAUUGUGCAAACCAUUGUUUUGUUACCACACAAGGAUUCUUGCCAGUAUUCUACUGAUACGGACGGAAUAAGCCUUGUGGUUUUUUAAAGGAGCAGAUACAAUUGAACCAAAUAAUUAUUUUAAAAAGUAGGAAUGAUUGAGAUUCAUUGUGUUCUCUCUGUAUUGAUACCCCUUCAUGAGACAAGACCAAUGGGGUUUGUUGCUAAAGUUUGCAGUUAAUUUAAAAGAUGGAUACCACCAGAGACUGAGCAAUGGAAUAUUUUCUGACUGGUGUGUCACUGCUUUUGUAAGUAGUUGCAGGUUGUGUGCCAGACAGUAUACUUAACAGUAUCCUGUCAUUUUUCAGGGCUGAGCUGAACUUAAAAGCAUUUCCAGUAGGCCUUUUCCAAGUGGCAGAAAGCUGCUUCUUCUGAACUAUCUACUGGCUUUUUGACCAUUAGCCUUGAAUUAUACAGUGCUUCAGGAAAUUUUAGGUGACUUUUUGAAUGAUAAGCCCGAUUUUUCUGGAAAUGAUAUCCAUCCACCAUAUCGGAGAGUAAUUUGUAGAAGUUUAUCCCAUGUGUCAGCUUUGACAUGUAGCAUUCUUAUGCAUUAUUCAGCAGACUUUAUCAGAGACUUUAUCAGAUUAAAGUUCCUGGGUUGGAUACCUUGGAAGCCAUGUGAAAAAGGCAAGGUUUGACUUUUUCAGUUAGCCUUAGUUUUUUUUGGGCAAAAGCUACAACUUCCUGCUUCCAGAGUAACAAAUGGCAGGGGGAUUCAUUUUUUUC